AUGAAGCCAACAUCCAUGGGAUACGUGGUUAUCGGCGUGAUGGUCUUUCAAAGUGUUCUGUCCUUUUGUUUCGUCUUCAUCAGAAUCUGGGCCAGAAAAGUGAUUCUCGGUGGCUUCAAAGCGGAUGACGCCAUUCUUGCCUACUGCUAUGUUCGUUCUCUGUCAACUACAAAUACUCAUUCGUCCAAAGCAACUCAUGUUCAGGUGUCUCUUGUCACAAUAACAAUCCUUUGCAGUUUGGCGUCCUUCCAUGGCAUGGGCGCACAUGCCCACGAGAUCCCUCACAAUGAUCUUAUCGACGCUACAAAAUACAUUAUCAUAGCGCAGGUGGUCAACUGCUUCAGCCUCGCAAGUUCGAAAGCAUGCGUGGCUGGUUUCCUUCUCUAUAUUGUCAACCAUAAAGUCCACAAGACGAUCCUCUGGGUUUGCACAAUCACAGUCGCCAUCCCAUGCAUAAUUCUUGGCAUUUCUCUCAUCACGCAUUGCCAGCCCGUGGACUACACAUGGGAUGCGGAUGUCGGAGGCAAAUGCUACCUCAACAUGGGCCUUUUUGGUGAAAUUACUAGCUCCUGGACAUGCGUCGCAGACUUUUUCCUCGCUGCAUUGCCAUGGGUCAUUCUUCGAAAAUUGAAGAUACCACGCCGAGAGAAACUCCUUAUCAACCUCUCACUCAGCGCAUGCGCAUUCGCCGGAGUCGCCGGCAUAUUCCGCACAAUGAAAGGCAAUACACUGUCUGCGCUAGCCGACUAUACUUUCGAGUCCACCGAUCUUGAGUUGUGGAACACCACCGAGCUGACCCUUAGCAUCAUCUCCGUGUGCGUUCCGGCGCUUCGUACUGUCUAUCGCCAUUACAAUCCCCCGAAGAAGGAGGCCAGGAAAUCUAUCUCUAUCCCUCUGCCCUUGGAGUUCUCCGAUCGCUCACGGAUUAGCACGGCACUCAAACCCCUCCGGGCUACGACUAGGACCACCAUCAUUGGCGGGACACCACAGACCAUGGGAAACUCCAUGGGCACGUACGACUCGACGUUGACGACGGAUUCGAUGAACAAAGAAGAGGAGGACGAGGAGGAAUACACCGGGGAAGGAAUCUCGGCGAGGACGACGGUUGCUAUUGAAUUUGCAGAGCGUGAUGUCGCGGAUGGAAGUGAGGGGCGGCCGAGGCAGGACUUCCAGAGGAGCUUUGAAGACAUCGAUUCGGUGGUGCCAUGAGCGCUGCUAGGGAGGUCUGAUCGUUGAUUCGGGAUGCCCUUGAGGUCGCUUCUCUGGGGCCAUUGCUGUGAUAGAAGUCUACCUACUCCGUUCUGCUUCAGAUA